UCGAAGGCUGGUCUGGGCUCAGUGUUUUCUGGUGAUGCAAGUCGGCUCUCUUCCUCCAGCAGUUGGCUCUCUCCCAUCUCACGGCACCUCACAGGUCUCUUCCCCCCUGCCUGAGCGAGGAGCAGCUCACGAAUCAGCUGCAGGUCCCUGUUUUGAAAAGCAGAGAUUCAGAGACAGAGAAAAGGGUGGACUCCUAUGUGACCUGUUCUUAGAGCAAGACCAUCACCGGCGGAAUUCCAGAAGCCCUUUUCAUGUGUGGGGAUAUUUUUUCGACUGCGUGGAAUCUGAAAGGAGCAGAAGGAUGGGAAAUGCCUGCAUCCCCCUGAAAAGAAUUGCUUAUUUCCUAUGUCUCUUUUCUGCGCUUUUGCUGACUGAGGGGAAGAAACCAGCGAAGCCAAAAUGCCCUGCCGUGUGUACUUGUACCAAAGAUAAUGCUUUAUGUGAGAAUGCCAGAUCCAUUCCACGCACCGUGCCUCCUGAUGUUAUCUCAUUAUCCUUUGUGAGAUCUGGUUUUACUGAAAUCUCAGAAGGGAGUUUUUUAUUCACACCAUCGCUGCAGCUCUUGUUGUUCACAUCGAACUCCUUUGAUGUGAUCAGCGAUGAUGCCUUCAUCGGUCUUCCACAUCUAGAGUAUUUAUUCAUAGAAAAUAACAAUAUCAAGUCCAUUUCAAGACAUACUUUCCGGGGACUGAAAUCUUUAAUUCAUCUGAGCCUGGCAAACAACAAUCUUCAAACACUCCCAAAAGAUAUUUUCAAAGGCCUGGAUUCUUUAACAAAUGUGGACCUGCGAGGGAAUUCAUUUAAUUGUGACUGUAAACUAAAGUGGCUGGUGGAAUGGCUUGGCCAUACCAAUGCAACAGUUGAAGAUAUUUACUGUGAAGGGCCUCCAGAAUACAAGAAACGCAAAAUCAAUAGUCUUUCCUCCAAGGAUUUUGAUUGCAUCAUUACAGAAUUUGCAAAAUCUCAAGACCUGCCUUAUCAAUCACUGUCCAUAGAUACAUUUUCUUAUAUGAACGAUGAAUAUGUAGUCAUCGCUCAGCCUUUUACUGGAAAAUGCAUUUUCCUUGAAUGGGACCAUGUAGAAAAGACCUUCCGGAAUUAUGACAACAUUACAGGCACGUCCACUGUGGUGUGCAAGCCCAUAGUCAUUGAAACUCAGCUCUAUGUUAUUGUGGCCCAGCUGUUUGGUGGCUCUCAUAUCUAUAAGCGAGAUGGUUUUGCAAACAAAUUCAUAAAAAUCCAGGAUAUUGAAAUUCUCAAAAUCCGAAAACCCAAUGACAUUGAAACAUUCAAGAUUGAGAACAACUGGUACUUUGUCGUGGCUGACAGUUCAAAAGCUGGCUUUACUACCAUUUAUAAGUGGAAUGGAAAUGGAUUCUACUCCCACCAAUCCUUACAUGCCUGGUACAGGGACACUGAUGUGGAAUAUCUAGAAAUAGUCAGAACACCUCUCACCCUCAGAAUGCCUCACUUAAUCCUGUCCAGUAGUUCCCAGCGUCCUGUCAUUUACCAGUGGAACAAAGUAACACAGUUAUUCACUAACCAAACUGACAUUCCUAACAUGGAGGAUGUGUACGCUGUGAAGCACUUCUCGGUAAAAGGUGACGUAUACAUUUGUCUGACCAGAUUCAUCGGUGAUUCCAAAGUCAUGAAGUGGGGAGGCUCCUCGUUCCAGGACAUUCAGAGGAUGCCAUCGCGAGGAUCCAUGGUGUUCCAGCCUCUUCAGAUAAAUAACUACCAGUAUGCAAUUCUUGGGAGUGAUUAUUCCUUUACUCAAGUGUAUAACUGGGAUGCAGAGAAAGCCAAAUUUGUGAAAUUUCAGGAAUUAAAUGUUCAGGCACCAAGAUCCUUCACCCAUGUAUCCAUUAAUAAGCGUAAUUUUCUUUUUGCUUCUAGUUUUAAGGGCAAUACACAGAUUUACAAACAUGUCAUAGUUGACUUAAGCGCAUGAGACACCAAAUGCCAUGGCUGCCAUCAGAAACUUUCUACAAUACGUGACCUGGAUGAACUCAAUGCAUGAUGACUCUUCUUAUCACAUUUGCAAAUGAAUGCCUUUCAAACACUGAGACUGCUAGAAGCAAGCACUACCAGUAUCGCCAUCCUUAACUGUCCAGUCCAGUGGUGUGGAAAGUUACCUUUUUUAAGACAAAAUUCCAUUGUGUAACUGUUCUUUGCAGUGAAGAUAUGUAAAUAGGCGUUUAAUGGUAUCUGUUACUCCAAAAAGAAAUAUUAAUAUGUACUUUUCCAUUUAUUUAUUCAUGUGUUUGGAAACAACUGCCAAAUAAAAUGUUUACAUUUUCUUUCAUAUCCCAAAGGUAAUUAUUUACAAGAAUUGUUUUAUUCUCAUUGGUUGUAUGUUGAGGAAAUAGUUUUAUACAAUAGGAUUAUAUUUGGAUCAAGGAUUUAUAGUGUGGGUAAUGAGUAAGUUGAAACAAUGAAAAUGAUUCCCCAUAAUUUAUUAAUAGGUUUAUCUGUGCUAUAUCAGCUUAUCUUGAAUAGUCAAUGAUGUUUCCAGAAGUCAUGACUUUUAGGGACUCUUUCAAAUAAAUGGUGACAAAAGGAGAGAGAGAAAUGCUGCCUGUUACAUUAAGAUGAACUUGUAAUGAAGAAGAGACAGGCCACCCUUUCCAUCUGAUAGUCCCAGUUAUCAGACAUUUUAUAGGAGAAAUUUAAAUUAUUUUAGGGUAUAAUGGCCCCUAUUCAGGGACUUUCUAAAUAUCUGACUCUAGAAUCAUCUGACAGCUGACAGAUUGUAACUUUAUAUGUAGCACUUGCCUCAUAAGUACCUGCUCUGGAGGCCUUUCAAUCUCACAGAGGACACUUGGCUUUUAGACACCAGCUUUGAUGUUACUGGCUUGUUGCACAGGGUCCAGAAAGCUCAUCCUUGAUUUCCUAGAUUCCUGCUUCUGGAUCACAUGAGUCAUAUCAUCUAGCAUGAUGCCUCACACACAGUGGGCUCUCAAAAACUGCUUUUGAAGGACCAGGAACAUAGCUGAGGGGCAGAACAUUCGAACAGCAUUGUGUGAGGCCCUGGGUCAAUACCCAGUGUCACAGACACACACACACACACACACACACACACACACACACACACACGAACUACUUUUGAAAGAGUUUAUGGAUCCUUAUCUUAUAAUAAAGUUUAUGAGGCCUUCUGACCUCAUUAAUAUUUAUUGAAUACUUGUUCAGAAUGAGAUGUGGUUGUGAGGCAGCUAGUGAAGCAGUGUAGGGAGUAUUGCUUGCCCUCUGGGCUCUUGGAAUGCUAACCAAGCAGGAAUAAAAAUAUAAAAAUCUACAGAUCAAUUAAUAAGUGGCAGCACUCACCUGAAUCUUCCUGAUGUUGUGUAUUAUGGGGAGUCCAAAGGAUGAUUUUCAGGAAGAUGGGCUCCUUGCUUAAAAUUUAAGGGAAGUUGUGAUUUCAAAAGAAGAUAUUGCUGGCACAAACUGACCAUGGACCCUGCCUUUCCAGAGGGGCUCAGGGCUUGCUCAGUCUUCCCCACUGGGUGGGGGUGGGCAGGCCAUGACAUUAGUGGGACUGAGGUAGCAGAGGUCCACAGUCUCCAGAAGCAUCUUGGGGCAUUGGCCAUAAGAACCAGAUUCCUUUAAUCAUAUAUUAGGUCUGACAAAGGGAUACAGUAGAGACAAAACUUACCUUCUCUGGAUCCUGCACAUAGGAGAGCUGGCCUUGGAAUGCCUUCCGUCAUUCUGACAAGCAGUAUUGUGUGAUGUUGGAGAACUCCUGCCUUAGACCAACUGGGCUGAGAUCAGCUCCGCCAUGUACUUGCUUUGUCCACAGACAAGUUUCUACGUCUUCUGAGCUGGCGUCUUCAUUUGAUUAGAAGGACAAUAAUACUUACUUCCAAGGUGAAGAGGAUUGAGAGUUCAUUUGUGGAAGAUGAUAUUUUUCAAAUACAGCCUCUCUACACCUUUCAUGCUCUGCGAGACCAUGCCCCCACCUCACUAACAGGUGGUAUUAAUUCACUUGUCCUUAAUCUGGAUGGUUGGAGACCUGCUUAUUACCCACAGAAUGGGUUGGAAAGGAUACAAUUUGACCUACAGGACUAGGUCAUCAAAACCAUAAGCUCCUGCUUUGUUGGGAUAGUAGCUUGCAGAGCCCCAAGGCCACUGAUCUGUGCUGAAGCCGGGCUCACAUGGAGAAAUCACAUGACAGUGCUUUGGUCAAUGGUUUCAGCUGGUGUCUUAGGCAAUAGUCAUCAUCUACCACCAGUCCCAUGAAGCCUAUAGUGACUCCAUACCAUACUGUCAAGUUACUACCAGACAUCGGGCCUUCUUCAGAAGCUGUAGCCAUUACAGUGCAAACAAGCUAUCUCAUGGUCACUGUCCAAAUGCCUGACCCAUGGACUCUAUGAGCAUAAUAAAAUAGUUGUUUUAAAUGA